AGUAAAGAGUCUUUCAAAAAGAACGAAUCGUUCGCAAACUGCACAUCCCGAACACGUGUGCGACCGGAGCUACCGCCAGACAGGGCAGGAGCCUGAUAACAUUAAAGGUCGAGGAAUAAAAAGGGCAUUUCGGUUUAUUUUCAACUGUUGUGAAUGCAUUACAUGUCAUUUUUACAGACUUGACUUUAACAAGGCACGCGGGGGACAGCGCGCAUGGUCGCACCACGCCACAGCUGACUGACAGAUCGCCAAUCGGAACUAGGAGUGAAACGAAGAAAGUUCUCGGUCUCGUGGGUCGUUGUAUGUUUAGCACCAAAGUGACUGAUCAAACACUAAAUAGAUUGUGUAUCAUGGCUGACUACUUGAUCAGUGGACAGACUGGUUACGUGCCCGAUGAUGGACUGAGCGGGCAGCAACUCUUCAACUGCGGGGACGGCCUUACGUACAAUGACUUCCUGAUUCUUCCAGGGUAUAUUGACUUCGCAUCGGAACAGGUGGAUUUGACUUCAGCCCUGACAAAACAGAUCACCAUGAAAACGCCUUUUGUAUCCUCCCCUAUGGACACAGUCACAGAGUCAGCGCUGGCAAUUGCCAUGGCACUCACAGGAGGAAUAGGCUUCAUCCACCACAACUGCACUCCAGAGUUCCAGGCCAACGAGGUCCGCAAGGUCAAGCGGUACGAGCAGGGUUUCAUCACAGACCCGGUAGUGAUGAGUCCUACAGACCGUGUGGCUGACGUGUUCCAGGCCAAGGCACGCCACGGCUUCUGCGGCAUCCCCAUCACAGACAACGGCCACAUGGGGGGCCACCUCGUUGGCAUCAUCUCCUCGCGUGACAUUGACUUCCUGAAGGAGGAGGAGCACAUCCUGCCUCUCAGUGAGGUGAUGACAAAGCUGGAGGACCUUGUCAUUGCUCCAGCUGGAGUGACACUGAAAGAGGCCAAUGAGAUUCUGCAGAGGAGUAAGAAAGGUAAGCUGCCCAUAGUGAAUGAGGAGGGCUGCCUGGUGUCCAUCAUCGCCAGGACAGAUCUGAAGAAGAACAGGGACUUUCCCCUGGCCGCUAAAGACUCCCGCAAACAGUUGCUGUGUGGGGCAGCCAUCGGCACGCACAACGAUGACAAGUACAGACUGGACCUGCUGGUGCAGAGCGGAGUAGACGUGGUCGUACUGGACUCCUCUCAAGGGAACUCGAUCUUCCAAAUCGACAUGAUUAAGUACAUCAAAGAGAAAUACCCACAGCUUCAGGUCAUUGGAGGCAAUGUGGUAACUGCAGCCCAGGCCAAGAACCUGAUCGAUGCCGGGGUGGACGGCCUGCGCGUGGGCAUGGGAAGUGGCUCCAUCUGUAUCACACAGGAAGCGCCUCUCAGUGUUCCUCCUGGUAUAAAGCUCCACAGCCCCAAAACCCCAACUACUGUUACGGGAUACUGCAUGUUGGCAUGCGGGCGUCCCCAGGCCACCGCCGUGUACAAGGUGUCGGAGUACGCCCGUCGAUUCGGGGUGCCAGUCGUUGCCGACGGGGGCAUUCAGACCGUGGGGCACAUUGCCAAAGCCCUGGCACUGGGGGCAUCUACAGUGAUGAUGGGCUCACUCCUGGCUGCCACCACUGAGGCUCCAGGUGAAUACUUCUUCUCUGAUGGCAUCAGGCUGAAGAAGUACAGAGGCAUGGGCUCACUGGAUGCCAUGGACAAGAACCUGGGCUCCCAGACCAGAUACUUCAGUGAGUGUGACAAGACUAAGGUGGCCCAGGGUGUGUCGGGGGCAGUCCAGGACAAGGGCUCCAUACAUAAGUUUAUUCCCUACCUGCUGGCUGGGAUCCAGCACUCCUGUCAAGACAUCGGAUCCAAGAGCCUCACCCAGCUCAGAGCCAUGAUGUAUUCUGGGGAUCUGAAGUUUGAGAAGAGGACGACAUCGGCCCAGAUGGAGGGAGAGGUCCACAGCCUGCACAGUUAUGAGAAGCGCCUGUUCUAAGGAAGAGAACACAGUAGUGGGCUGCAGACUUGUGUUCCUCAAGCAUACGCACAUGCAAGCACAAACUACUACUUGCCAACCCCAAAUCUGUCUGUGCCUUUGAGCAAGGCACUUAACACUAAUUGCUCCAGGGUCGCCGUUGAUAAUUGCAGAUCCUGGCCGUGACCCCACUCUCCUAGUGUAUCUCAGGGAGUUGGGAUAUGCAAAAAUGUUUCUAAUUCACACAUGCGUAUUAAUACACACGUGUACAUGUGUGAAAUAGGAAAAAUAUUAGCAUCCACAAUUAUUACACACUCACACAAGUGCUGGGCGAUUAGUUCUUUUUGAAGGUAGUUUCGGAUCGAUUAUGAAAAUCGGUUUAGAUAAUCUUUUUAAACAUUAAAUGCAUUAUGAAAUAAUGACAUUAAAAUGAUUUUAUAGCUUUUUAAUGGAAAUUCCAAAGCCAAAAAUAGUGAACAUUCAAUUGCCAAACUAAAAAUACUCCAAUGGUCUCUUUCAGGUCCACAUUCGGUUGACAUCAAAAGAAAAACAGGAAAUUACUAUGAAAUAAUAUUUCAGUUGUGUAUAUUACUUACUUUUUAUUUGAUUACUUCAUUCCUUAAAAGUCAUCAUGUAUUACUACUCCUAUUUAGCUAACCGGACUAAGCAUGCAGAGCUGUCUGAUGUAAUCAUUUGACUAGUUAUUCAAAGUACAUGAGGCAUACUUUCCCAAACGGUCUCUCUCUCAUUGUUGUGCAGUAGCGGUAUAUGGGUAAAAUCACUGGGGAAGCCAAGCCAGCCAGGGAAAGAAAAUCCAAAUUAUAACCUAAUAUGUUGUGAUAAUUGCGUUGUUUGCUCUAUAACCUGUUAGUUCACAUGCCUUGACACCGUGAUAUAUAGGCCUAAAGGCCAAGACAAUAAGAAGACACAGUGGCAUAAUAAAUUCAACCACACCUUUGUUUCGUCACAAAACCAGA